AUGGGCCACAUGCUGACCUGGACCGCAGAGCUCGUCGACAAGUGCGUCGGAUCCAGAAUAUGGGUCAUCAUGAAGGGUGACAGGGAGUUCAGCGGCACGCUGCUCGGUUUCGAUGACUACGUCAACAUCGUCCUGGAAGACGUGACGGAAUUUGGCUACGAUGGUAACUCGACGAAGCUGUCCAAGAUCCUGUUGAACGGCAACAACAUUUGCAUGGAGGCGAAGGACCGGGGGCAGCGCAGUCAUAGCAUUCCCUGGAGGUGA